UUGUUCAGGAAAGCUCUCGAAUUGGUCAAGAAAAUUACAUCACACAAACUGAACGAUACAACAUUUGAAAAUCUGAAGGAGCGAUUGAAUGAAUUCCGUCAGUGGAUUGAAGAUUAUCGUGAUACGAUUUGGGAUAGUGCUAGACAGGACACUGUAUCAGCGAAUAAAAUCGCGACAGUUGUGGCCAAACGAAUUGAUCGUUUCAAUGAGGUUGCAUCGAGCAUUGCCGAAAUCCUUGCGAAAUCAAACGAUGAGAUUGCAGAAGCUGAAGAUCGAGUUAUAACGGCAAAAACUGAAAAGAUUUUGAAUAUCUACGAUGAUGCGAAGCAUAUCAAUGAAACUCUUCUGCCUGCACUGAGAAUCGGUAUUGAUAAAUGUCAGAAUGAAGCAGAUAAAUAUGCGCAAUUGCUUGGCGAGUAUAGACGUGAAUAUGUCGAUGCUAGCGCUAAACAUUCGAAGGAACUUGCUGAUGAAGCACAACGUCUUCAAGGGUAUUUUGUGGAUACAAAAUUGGCUGCCGAGAAUGCGAUCAAAGCAUCGAAUUCAUAUAAGGAAAUAGUGGAAGCCCUGAAAAACGCGAGCCGUGCAGCAGAGGAGGCAAAGAAGGCAGCUGAAGAUGCUUAUAUCGAUGCAGAUCCAACUUCCGAUACAUCAAUGGUCAACUUAGCAUCGGAAGCUAAGAAUGCUAGCAUAAAGUUGAGGAUGGAAUCUGAUGAGUUGAGUUUGGAUGACUUGCAAGAGGAACGCGAUUCGUGUGAGGAUCGCUUAGUUACAAUGAAAGAUUUUAUAGACGGUGCAAUCAAAAAGAAAACUGCUGUUGGAGAUCAGUAUCAAAUAUUCGACGAUCAGCAUGACCGUAUGACCGGUCUGGUGAAUGUUGCUGCGGAUGCGGAAGAACGUGCCGAGGAUGCGCACAAUAAAGCCGAAGAGCUUGUGGCGCAAAUCGCGGAGAUCGACGAAGAGACAGCGAAAUUGAAGGAUUUCGCUGGUCAAAGUAUUCGAGACGCAACCGAUAGCGUUCGUGAAGCUAAUGACGAAUUGAAAUCAGCGAUGGAAAAAGUGGAAAAUGUUCGAGCACAAACCGACAGCGAUGCGGAGAGAAUCAUUGAUUUGGGAAUAAGAAUUGAUGAGUUGAAGAAUAAGAUCAAAGAAGCGCGUGAAAUGGCUUCAAGAAUUCGCAUCUCAGUCAAAUCCGAUGAAACAGGUCUGUGUCGUCGCUCGUUCAUCUCUCCAAUGCACCCAUCACCAUCCAACACCAUCACAGUCAAAUACCGUCCAGCCAUCGACGUACCAGACUCACUGAUAUUCUUAACACGUACCAAAUCCAAACGAACGCAAGCCUCUGAAUAUAUUGCGUUAGAGUUACGUGAUCGUCGUGUUGUUGCCCAUUGGAAUAUCGGUGGUGAAACACGCAUGGUGACCAAUACGCAUCCCGUCAACUACAUCACUAUAGCAGAUCGUGAUACUUGGUAUAACAUUCACCUGGACAGACUAUCGUUCGAUUUCCGAACUCGUGGUGCAAAUGCAACGUUGAUUUAUCAAUCGAGUAAAGUGGCGAAUGUUGGGCGGAGACGUCAGAAGCGAGCUGCGGACGGAGAGGGUUACUUUGCAUUCUACCUGUACCGCGGUUACUUGGUGGUUCAUCUGGGCACAGAUGCUUCACAACGUAGCAAAGUGUUGACGCUUCGUUCUGAGAGCACCUAUAACGAUGGCCAAUUGCAUUCGGUAUUUCUGUCUCGUGAAGGAUCGUUAGUUCGGCUACGUGUUGACGAUCGUGAGAUUGCAUCUGGUACUCUGGCUGACCAAGCGAUGAUUGGCACAAUCAAUUCGCAGAUUUUCAUCGGAGGUUUCCCACCAUCGGUGAAACCACCAAGCAACGAAUUACCAGCGGAUGAUCCACUCAUUGGAUGUGUCUCAGAUAUUUACAGUGAAUACAAAGUGGUACAAAUAGUGCCCGAUGCAUACUUUGCAACGAUCGGUUAUUGUGCUGCUGAAUAUGUCUUCGAAACCUCACAGUCUGCAGACGAGCCACUUCAAGCAGACGAGCAUGCCUUUGAAAGAAAGGCAUCACGACUGUCCCUUCAUAUAACGGAACCGACACUUUCUACCGCAUCUGACCAAUACUUCUACAUAGGAGGUAUCUGA